AGCCACUGAGACACGCCAGUCAAUGUGGGAUGAGACGUGAGCUCUGCCGAACUUAGCUCCUCUGACCUACUUUGCGCCGAUUGCCUCCAUCUCGCUGCUAUAUUAAAGCUGACCCAACCCGUACUUGAAUCAUCGAUAUUGUUCUCCCUUUCCUCUCUCCCGAAAUUUGCAUUCUCGUAUAUAGCCUGCCUUCUUCAUCGACACUCUCUAGUCUUUCUUGACCAGACAUAUAGCAAACAUGGCAGCAAAUGGUAAUGGGGCCAAUGGCCACUCCAAGGAACGCACCCCUCUCCGACCGGGUAUCUACUCACCCACCAUGACUUUCUUCGACCCAGAGACUGAGGAGCUGGAUAUUCCCACAAUCAAGAAGCAUGCAGUACGACUAGCCGAGGCUGGUCUUGUUGGUCUUGUUACUAUGGGAUCCAACGGAGAGGCUGUCCACCUGUCACGGGCCGAGAAAACCGCUGUCACGCGAGCAACUCGCGAAGCCCUCGAUGAGGCUGGCUACCAAAACGUUCCGGUCAUCGUUGGAGCUUCUGAACACGGUAUCAAGCUCACAAUUGAGCUUUGCAAAGAAGCAGAGGCAGCGGGCGGCGAGUACGUUCUUACCGUUCCUCCAAGCUACUACCGCUAUGCCAUGGAUGAAGAGGCCAUCUACGAGUACUUCACCAAGGUUGCAGACGGCUCACCACUCCCAAUUAUCCUAUACAACUAUCCAGGAGCCGUUGCCGGUAUCGAUAUGGACAGCGACCUCAUCAUCAAGCUUGGCAAACACCCUAACAUUGUCGGUACUAAAUUCACAUGCGGCAACACUGGAAAGCUCACUCGUGUCGCCCUUGCUACCAAUGCCUGCACACAGAAGAGCAAUGGUAGUGGCUACAUGGCCUUUGGUGGUAUGGCCGAUUUCACAGCUCAGACUGCUGCCAGUGGCGGAUCAGGAAUCAUCGCUGGCGGUGCUAAUGUCCUGCCAAAGACAUGCGUCAAGGUCUGGAACUUAUGGGCGGAAGGAAAGUACGACGAGGCAAUUGAGUUACAAAAGGUGCUCAGCAAAGGCGACUGGGUCCUCACAAAGGCCGCCAUCCCUGGAACUAAGUCAGCAAUUCAGUCAUAUUACGGCUACGGUGGCUACCCCCGCAAGCCACUCAAGAGACUACCACAAGAGAAGGUCGACGCUGUCGCGGAAGGUAUCAGAGAGGUCAUGGAGGUAGAGAAGAAGUUAUAGUUAGUUUACGUCAUGUUUUCUUACGUUCAUGAUGGGUUGUGCUACGUUUUCUACACAUACUUUGUUGAAAGUCUGGGGCAAAAGCACGUGUCUGCAUUUAUGGUGCUUUCGUCGUUGUAUAUAACCGUUCUAUGAUAGAUAUCCUAUUUGGUUGUUUUCAUUGCGGAGCUUAGUUCGAGUAAGCGCACUACGUCAGAAUUGGCAGCGCCUAAGGAGGAACCUCGGAGGGUCGC